CGGGCACGGGGCUCGCUCCCGAAGGGGCAGGUUGGGCGGGGAGCGGGCGCUGGGGUCGUGUUGGCCGGAGGGGACUGGGCCGCCAGGUCGACGCCUGCGGCUGCCGCGGCCGAGACCAAGGGACCCGCCGCGGCUCCGUCGCCGGAGAGGGAGGGCCCGCUGCCGUCGGACAGAGCCCCUGGACUCCAAGGCUCCUGGUCAGGGAAGAGAAAGAGGAGACACCUAUCUGCCAGGGGUGGGAGUACUGAGUGUGGCCUGAGGGCCAGGCCAUUGGUCUCGAGAUGCCCCUGCCUGAGCCCAGUGAUCAGGAGGAUGAGAGCGUGAAGGCUGGCCAGGAGCCUUCCCCCGAUGUGGGCACAGAUGUUGUCCCAGCAGCCCCCGGGAAACCCCAGGAAUUCUCCAAUCUGGUCCUGCUGAUGGCCUCUGACCAGGAUGGGGAUGGGGUGGACAAGCCCACAGAAGUGCACUGCAUUGUGUCCUUGGAGAUGUCUGGCCCUGAAACCCUAGCUAGCACCCUCCAGAUCCUUCCAGCCGAGGAGGAACAGGCCGUGGUAGUCCAGCCCAGCCUGAGGGCUCCUGAGCAGAAACGCAGCAAGCUGGAUACAGCAGCUCCACAGCCCCUGGAGUUYCUGAGGACCCCAUUUGGGGGCCGCCUCCUGGUGUAUGAGUCCUUCCUGUACAAGCAGGAGAAAGCUGUGGGGGACAAAGUGUACUGGAAGUGCCGCCAGCAUGCAGGUCUGGGCUGCCGAGGCCGGGCUGUCACCCGAGGCCUGCGGGCCACAGUGAUGCGAGACCACUGUCACCCGCCUGACAAGGAAGCACUGGAGGCUCGGCGCCAGAGGGAGAAGCUGCCCAGCCCGGCCCUGCCAGAGGGCUUGGGGGACCCUCAGGGACCCCAGGGCCCUGUAGGCCAAGUGGAGGAGCCACUUGAGCGGGUGGGCCCGUGGCUGAACCCCGAGGAGCUGGUGCCCCAACCUGGGCAGAUACAGAACAAGCCAGCCCAAGAGGAGAACGUGGGGUACCGAGCCCUGUCACUGCUGAGCUUGCCACCCAAGAAGCGCCCAACGUUGGGGAUGGGCCAUUUCCGGCCUCUCGAGUUCCUGAGGACAUGCUAUGGGGGCAGCUUCCUGGUGCACCAGUCAUUCCUGUACAAGCGGGAGAAGGCUGUGGGGGACAAGGUAUACUGGACCUGCCGGGACCACACCCUACAUGGCUGCCGCAGUCGUGCUAUCACCCAGGGCCAACGGGUGACAGUGAUGCGGGGCCACUGUCACCAACCUGACAUGGAGGGCUUACAGGCUCGGAGGCAGCAGGAGAAAGCCAUGGAGAAACUUCAGGCCAGGCCAGAUGGCCUUGAGGGCUGUGCGGACAAGCAGCUCCCAGGUGUGGACAGCCUGCUCUACCACAGGGGGCCGGGCACCCUGACUCUCACCAGGCCCCGGCCCAGAAAGAAAGCUAAAGUCAAAGAUCCGGAGCUGCCUGCCCAACCCCAAGCCCUGGAGGGAUCCCUUGAUGAGGACCAGGAUGCGGACCCUGGAGGUCCUGAGUUCCUGAGGACCCCUCUCGGGGGCAGCUUCCUGGUGUAUGAGUCCUUCCUCUACAGGCGGGAGAAGGCCGCUGGCGAGAAGGUGUACUGGACAUGCCGGGACCAGGCGCGCAUGGGCUGCCGCAGCCGGGCCAUCACCCAGGGCUCUCGGGUGACCGUGAUGCGAGGCCACUGCCACCCACCCGACCUGGUGGGACUGGAGACCCUGAGGCAGCGGGAGAAUCGCCCCAGCCCCACCCAGCGGGGGAGCACAGGAGGUCCUGAGUUCCUGAAGACGCCUCUUGGGGGCACCUUCCUGGUGUACGACUCUUUCCUGUACAGACGCGAGAAGGCCGCUGGCGAGAAGGUGUACUGGACAUGCCGAGACCAGGCGCGCAUGGGCUGCCGCAGCCGGGCCAUCACCCAGGGCCAGCGGGUGAUGGUGAUGCGCAGGCACUGCCACCCACCCGACCUGGCGGGUCUGGAGUCCCUGCGACAGCGGGAGCACUUCCCCAACCUGACCCACUGGGAAGGCCCAGAGCCCCUGGAGCCCCUGGAGUUCCUGAGGACUUCCCUGGGGGGCAGGUUCCUGGUGUAYGAGUCGUUCCUGUACAGGAAGGAGAAGGCCGCUGGUGAGAAGGUGUACUGGAUGUGCCGGGACCAGGCCCGGCUGGGCUGCCGCAGCCGGGCCAUCACCCAAGGCCAUCGGGUGAUGGUGAUGCGCAGCCACUGCCACCAGCCUGACCUGGUGGGCCUGGAGGCCCUGCGGCAGCGGGAGCGGCUCCCCAACCCAGCCCAGCAGGAGGACCCAGAAAAGAUAAAACUUCUGCCUGAAGUUCAACAGUGCUUCGAGACUUGUUCUUCUGAAAGCCAGCAGAUUUGUGGGAACACUGAAGAUUUAAAGCCGGACAGUGAGUCCCAGUGAGGUGGAUCUCCACGGAGGCAGAGCAGGAGCCCUGUCAGAGGCUGCUGGCACCCAGAUGCUCCCUGUCCACGCAGGCAUUUCCCAUCCACUCAGAUUUGCUUGACAAAAACUUGUCUCCCUCUUCUGAAGCAUGGAAGGCCUUCACACUUCCUCARAGGCAUCCUGGGAAGGGGCACUUGUGUCAGCAGACAAGUGCCCAGAGGUGAGGCAGAGCACGGCAGCCGCUGCGCCCGCCCCCGGGUUUAGGUUCCUCAGCUCUGGAGAAGCACCUCCAGAGGCCACGCCUGCCCUGCUGCUGCUCAUCUUCAGAGCCUGUGACUGUGCCAAGGACUUUCCAGCAGGGUGUGGCCCCCAUUUGAGUUCAAGAGAAAGGUGAAGUGGCCUUGAGCCAGAGCACGUGCAGGAAGUCCCAUUCCCUCCAGCUGAGCCACCCACCCUCCAAAGACCCAUGCAAGCCACACCAGGUCUUUCUGGAAGGCCUUCCUGGUCUUUUCCCACUGGGGCGUGGCCCUCUAUAACCACUGCAGAGCAGGCCCCGCCAGGGCUCGCUGGCCUUCCUUCCUGUGCUCUUUUCCAGCUUGAAUUAAACCCAUGCUCAUGACUCCCGUGGCAGGUGUCAUUCCUGGCAGUGGGGGCCAGCCCAGAUGUGGCAGGAAGCUGGAGCAGGCCAAUGUGUCCGGGCCACAGCAGUGCUGCCCUGGAUUGCUCACGUUCACCUGAAGUUAGGUGAUGAGAGUUCGGUGGUGGCAAGGUGUGUCCCCUCCUCCUGUUGGGGAGCUUAAUAGCUGCCAGCCUUGCGGGACUGAGUGAGUGUCCUAGGAGGGCACACUGACACCCACAGGGGAGUGAGAGCCCCCUGCGUGYUAGAGACCCUGCA